UGAGGGCUUUAAAAGAUUGUUCAAAGUCGUAGAUCCACGUUACGAAAUACCCAGCCGCAAAUAUUUUUCCUCCACUGCCAUUCCACAGCUUUAUUCAGAGUGCCGCAGCAAGAUUCAAAAUAAAAUUCAAAACGUAAAGUUUUUCGCUACAACGGCUGAUUUAUGGUCUAGCCGUACGUCAGAGCCGUAUUUAAGUCUGACGAUUCACUUUAUUCACGAGUGGAAGUUGUGCAGUGCGUGUCUAGAAACAACAUAUUUUCCACAAGACCACACAGGCGAGGUCAUAGCGCAAGGUCUUAGGGAUGCGCUUGAAUGUUGGGGACUGAAAGAAGCAAACAUGACCUGUAUGACGACAGAUAGUGGGGCCAACAUGGUGAAGGCAUUGGAGCUCAACAGCUGGACUCGUCUGCAGUGUUUUGGGCACAGACUCCACCUAGCCAUCGAAAAAAGUGCCAAAGACCCUCGUGUUGAACGUGCAACAUCUGUCUGCAAGAAAGUUGUCAGCACAUUCUCCUUCAGCUGGAAGAAAAAGAGGGAACCAAGUAAUGCUCAAGCUGAGCUAAAGCUACCUCAACAGAAGCUCAUCACUGAGUCCCCAACACGAUGGGGUUCAAGGUUCAGCAUGAUUGAGCGAGUGCUUGAUCAGGAAAAGGCGAUUUCUCAGGUCCUGAAGGCAGACAAGAAGGCAAGGCAUUUGGUCCCAUCAUGGCAAGAUGUUGACAUGAUGGAGUCUGUGAAAAAGGCACUGAGUCCACUGAGAGACUUUACAGAUGCACUCUCAGGUCAUAUCUUAUAUCUUAUGUCAAGCCAGUGCUUCACAUGUUGAAAGGCAACAUUUUGAGCCUAAAUGAUGAAGACACUGAACUAACAAAAACAAUGAAGACAACCAUUCUGAAUUACCUCACUGACAAAUAUCAGGACCCCACCACUGAUGACCUGCUGGAUAUGGCUUCGCUUUUCGAUCCCAGAUUCAAAACACAAUUCAUUGCCAAAGAUAAGGUAGAGGGAAUACAAACCAGAGCUGUGGCUGAGCUGGAGUCUUUGAUGACCAUUCACAUACAGUAUCCAAAAUCAGAUCAGCAGCCUACAUCUAGUACCUCAGCCUCCACAUCACAAAUCCUUGAUGAGGAUCAGACACCACCCAAGAAAGCAAAGAAAACACUUUCCAGCUUUUUAAAAGCCUUAGGUGUUGCAAGUCCAUCUGCAACCACAUCAGUUUCCUCAUCUGUGAAAGAGGCAAUAGAAGGAGAAUUGAAGGGAUACUUGUCCACGCCAAAUGCAGAAAGUGAGGUGGAUCCGCUGGAAUGGUGGAAAGUCCAUG